UGGUUCACCACGUACAAUGAUGAAAUGUCAUUCUGGGAACGUCUGGACAAUUUCAAAUUUAUAAUUGAACUGCACUAUCGCUUUUCUGGUUGGGAAAAAGAUAUCUGGAGUAUAGCCAACAAUCUUCAGCCUGGAUUCCCUAAUUUACGCCAUCUACUAAAGAAGAAAACUGGAGUUGUUCUAUUAAAUGUCAACGAAGUUACCGAAACACCUAGGCCAACAGCAAAUAUCCUGCGUUACAUCGGUGGGGCAACUCUUCAUGAGCCGAAGAAGCUGGAUGAGGACUUGUUUAUUCAGAAACUGAGUUCAUUACUAGAUGAGCGUCCUGAAACCGUCUUGUUUUCAUUGGGUUCCCUGGCUCAAUCGAAGGAUAUGCCAAUGCGUUUGAAACAAGGUUAG